AUGGCCAAAGUCGUGUGCGUCACCGGCUGCACGGGGUACGUCGCAUCCGAGGUGGUGCGCCAGUGCCUUGAGCUGGGCUGGACCGUGCGGGGCACCGUGCGUGAUCCUUCGGACGAUUCCAAGACGGGCUACCUCAAGAAGAUGGCGGAAGGCUUGCCUGGUAAGCUCGAGCUCGUUCAGGCGGACCUCCUCGCCGAGGGCGCGUUCGACACAGCAGUCCCUGGCUGUGAAUACGUGUUCCACACCGCUUCGCCCUUCUUCUUUGGGUCGGAGUCAGAGGGGCCUGAGGCUGUAGAGGCCAAACUUAUCAAACCAGCAGUGGACGGCACGAAGAAUGUCCUUGCCUCGGUUGCCAAGCACAAGGCCGACAUCAAGUGCGAGGGCUUCAAGCUGGUGACCAUAUGCCCGUCUUUUGUCCUGGGUCCCGCCAACACCGACCGGAAUGAUGGCGAGUCAAUUGGUUUCGCCCUGAAGCUACUCAAGGAGGGCACAAUCGGGCUGGUUGGCUUCCCCUGCAUUGACGUUCGAGAUGUUGGCAAGGCACACAUCCUCGGCUGCACGAGCUCAAACAGCGAAGGCCGUUACAUUCUCUCUUCCACCUUCGGCGUGCCCGCCUGGUGGGCUUAUGAGGCGCUUGAGCCGCUCGGCCUCCCAAACCUGCAGAAGCCGGAGAAGCCUGAAGGAGCCGAACUGACCCACACCUUCUGUAAUGACAAGGUGCAGUCCACAGAGGGCGCUGGGCUUGGCAUCAAGCUAACGGACUUGAAGACAACCCUUCUCGACAUGAUCACAUCCAUGAAAGUCUCCCACGCUGCGCAUCUUGCUUGA